CUUCCCUCUACUUCCUCAAAAACUACAAAAGCUUGCCAUGUGAUAAGACAAAAACAUCAUCAUAAUCAUAAUUUACCGUCUCAAUGUCAGGAUAUUACGAUUACCCGUUUGAAGAUGCGUGGCAUUAGGAUAUCCCGGAAGUGAUAGCGGGAGAUGGCGGAUGUGAAACACAAACGAUCAGGGUCGGGAUCGGCGGUGCACCGAUUUAUGUCGACAUAUCUACUGCAUACUGACAUCAAAUCAUUCUAGGGGCACUAUUGGCAAACCGGAUUUGUCGAAUGACCAUUGUCUUCAGUGAUCCUUGAUUUUUAUUUGACAUGAUUAGGGAAAGGAAAGAUUUUUAAUUAAGUAUAACGUUAUAGUAGAGAUAAAGUAUAGAAAAAUCUCGAAGAGUUGAAGAGGGCUGUGUAGAUACUUCGAAGGUUUGUUUUCAAUGACAUCACGCCACGUUACGUCAGGUACCUACUAACACAGCCAAACUUGUAUGGCAACGGAUGUACCCGAGCCCCCGUCGUUUCCGGCCAAAUUUUCUGGUCUUGCGCCUCUUCUCUUUCUUCCUUUUAACUUGCACGCCAUGUCCUAAUAUCCCCCUUGUUUUGACCCGUGUACCCCUGAAAAUUCUAUCAAGCGGUCCCGCCCUGAUGGAAGAAGAAACCGUCCCUGCACAAGCCGGGCCUGCGCAAGAGCCAGCGCAAGAGCCAGCGCAAGUCGAACUAGCGAACUUCGAACUUCCAACGCACACCGAGCCGCCACCGCUCCCCUACUCGCUCCAUACAAGGAAGAAGUCGAUUCUCUUCUUUUGGACCAUUUUCGUGAUCGAUACAUUGGGCCAACCACUGAUCUUUUACUGGUGUCUAUGGUAUCUGACGGAUCUAUCCCAUAACGUGGUCUUUUCAAUCGUCACCGCAUCCUUGGGAGGUGUCUCAGUCUUCGAAUACUUUUACCGCCUUUACAAUUUGUUCCGCAAAAACUCGCGCGCUCGACCGCUGAAUGCCCGUGUGUCAUGGCUGGACUUUUUUCAAAUCAACUUCACAAUUGUGUGGUUGAUCUUGGCCGUCGAGCUUAUCGCUGGAUCGGUACCUCACGAACCAUAUGUGCGUCUCAUUGCCAUGGUUCUCCCGACCGUCAUGUUCUAUUUCGGCAUCGUCUACCUCUCUCUCGACAUCUUCCGUAUGAUGGGCUUUAAAGCCCCAUUCCGAAUUUCGUCUACUCCCAAGGGCUCCGUCAUGCCGACCGCUCUAUACGCUCUUAUUGAGGAUGUGGUUGCAGUAGACGGUGGUGGUGGACAGAUAUACCGAUACGCCCUUCGAACACGAUACCUCUCGAGUCCCUAUUUCCGACGAAUGCUUUUCGAAAUGAACUGCUUCUGGAGUGGAGGAUCUAUUGUAUUCGCCGCUGCCAUUACCGCGGUAGUGUUCACAGUCGAAGAACCCGUGGCAUUCACACUGGGCUGGUCCCUUCCAUUUGCCUGGGCCAUCGUCUGGACUAUAAUCACAAUCCCUUGGGUACAGAGUGAUCUCCGCCGUGAAAAGAGAGCGUGGGCAGAGAAUCGUGGCCAAGGUGGUAUCCCUUGGGUCGACGAUAUCAGCGCGCCCACAGCGCGUACGCGCUUCGCAUCUAUGCACGCGAGCGUUAACCCCUGGGCUCGUGAUAAGCACAGCGCCCCUUCCACGCCCUCUGAGGCUCCCGAGAAAGUGCCUGAUGGAGUCAGCAAUGGGACUCCCAAUGGAGCCUCCAAUUCCGGUGCUGAGGUUCCUCACGAUUCGAAUGCGACCCCUCAUGAGCAGACAUUCGGCGGCAUACCAGAUACCGAUCCGGCCAAGGAGGUUUCCCCCGUGUAAUAUGUAUGACUGAUGAAUUUGACUUCGAAACUGCCUCGUUUUGGCUUCACAUGAAAAUGAAAACGCAUUGAUUUGGAGGGUCUUUUUUAUAGCUUUUUGCAUUCAUUUUGUUUGAGCAAGCUCGUGUCACGUGUAUAGAUACCCUCUUUUAUUUCUAGGAAGCAUUGAUACUGGUAUUUGAUAUUGAUAAUGAU